UUGCGAAUGGAUACCAGCAAUUGUUAACUGACGCCACGACGUUGACUGUUUUUGCGAUUUCCAGGGCACACACCCACUUUGUUUUAAGGAGUCUUGCUUGGGAGACACACAAACAGGAUGGCAGAAACGGAUGGCACUGCCCAACCCACAUUUCAGAUAUCCUUGGCUCAAGAUGUCGAGCCUAUACCCCCGUCCACUAGUGGGGAUUUAAAAGCAGAGGGCGCUGUGAUCGUCCAGGGCAUUAUCUCCGGCGAGCAGUUUGUGUCCCCUGAGCUGGCUAUGCAGAUCAGUCAGGCCGGGGGCCAGGUCGCCGCCGCAGAGAGCAUGACGAGUAGUUCAGCGCCAGUGGUAGUGCAGAGUUCUGUGAUGGGAACUGGCCAGACCACCGACGGGGAGCCAGCCUAUGGAGCAGAGCAAAUCGGCAUGCACGAAGUGGCUGCCGUCGUUGAGAGCCUACCAGGGGUGGUCUCACAGCAUGUUAUGGUCGACAUGUCCAGAACGGCCCCAGAGGGGCAAGAUGUGCCUAUAGAUGGUAAUUUCCAGCAAGGACAUGUGAUCAGCCAAACCACACCAGAUGGAGUUGCAGGUGUCGAGGUAGACGGUGUUCCAGACCAGAUGCAGACGAGCAGCGCCAGUGAUGGACAUGAUGUAAUCAUCGAGGUCCAUCAGGUACCAGACCAUGAUUUGCUCUUGUCCAUGGCUGAUGCAAAUCCUGAGAGCGAGAGGGCCGAAGCAGAAAAUGCCGAUGCCACAGUGGAGACAGGCAGGGAACCACUAAAAGAUGCUAUUGCUGAAGUUGAAAGUAUCCCUUCUGAUGAUGCUCCUCAGCCCAAGGAAGGCCAAGGAGAGAAGGAAGCAAGUAAGGAGGCCAAAGAAGUCAUCUUUGUCUGCAUUCACGGCCAGUCUUUCCGCUGCAGACCACAAGCCGGCAUCCCAGUGGACGAUGAAGUCAAGGAAUCGCCGGUGGAAACCUGUGCCUGCAGCAAGAUAAAAAAGUCCCCCACUGUGGUCAAGAGACCAUCUCGAAUGGCUGUUGUCAAGGGAGGUAAACUGGCUCGGAAACUCCGCAAUAGGCAACAGUUGUUCACCUGUGACACGUGUGGGGGUAGAUUCAGCAACAAAGAAGCCCUAGACCUUCACAUGGUCGCUCAUGGAGAUGACGACAAUGAAGAUAGUGAAGAUGAAGAAGACAAGGCCGAUGAAGAAACUACCCAACAAAGAACAAAAGUGGUGACAAUGCAGGGGAGGGCCCAGCGGAGGAAACCAACCCAGGAAGAAAAGGCCUGCCCAGAUUGUGGGAAGGUGUUCUCCAGACUUUCUGCUCUCGGAGCCCACAAGAGGCAACACAAAAAGGAAAACUGAACCAGUCCCUGGAUGAGGAAGACCCUACGCAAAAAGAAGACAAGACCAAAAACCUGUCCUGCACUGUCUGUGAGAAGAAGUU